AUGUCGUUCCCGAAUCUUUACUACAAGCGAACCACAGCGACUGCAAAAGCAUGCUACAUCUGCUAUAAGCCAACGACUGCCGUGCUCGCCACGAUAGAUACCUCCGAUUUUCUGUAUACAUGCACGAUUCACCUGUCAGACCAUGGGUUCGCCACUCGCGUGCUCGAGCUUGAGAGCGAGAACAAGAUAGGAAUCAGUGUUGAGGAGAUCGCGAGGCUCAGGGAGGAGUGGGAGGAGAAGCAGAGACGCAAGCAAGAGAAAGAGAAGGUGGAUAAGGACAAACCAGCCGAUGAAGGCGAAAAGAAAGAGGAUGACGGCAAGUCAGAGAAGUCAUCAAAGGUGCCGGGAUCAUUGCCCAAGUCGGGUUCUCUCUCAUCAAGGCCCACCCACGAGAAGUAUAUUUUACAUCGUGAUAUAUUUGCCCUGAGACUCUCGGAGCACCGACGACGGAGGCAAACCUCACAGGCGAAGGAUCUAGCCCCUCGUCUUCCAGGAGCUCCCAGUAGCAGUCUGCCGUGA